GGCCAGUGCAGUGGCUAGUGGCUGUCAUGGCUGUAGCCAUGGUAACACAAUAAAUAAAGAGCAGAAAUAUUUUUGUGUAACUGUGAACUUUAGCAGAAAUUAUGAGUUUUUGUGUUGAUUUAGUUUCAGAAGAUUCCUUUUAUGAAAAUAUAACUUUAGGUGUCACUAAGCUACUUGAAUCUGAUCCCCGAAUAUGUAAUGUGAACGUUGAGCGGAGGAUGUCGUGCGACCGCGUGGCGCUGUCCACCUGGGAGCAGCGGCACUCGGCGGCGCUGCCCGAAGAUCUGCGCAACUUCUACGCGUCUACCGACGGAUUCCAACUGACAUGGCAUUAUAAAUAUUCUGCCGAUGACAUCUUACCUGUGGGCUCAAUUCGGGUGAAUUCGUUGAAUGAACUGUGUCUGUCGCCAUCGCUCAAAGACAUUGUGGAUUUUUCAAUGACGAGACCGAACACUGGGCCACGCCCGGUCUUGAACACCAAGAGUAAAGUGUUCGAACUUGAUACUUGCAGGACUAUUGGAAAAGUAUGCCUGGUGUACACUGGCGGCUCGUGGUCCGUGUGGCUGGCGACUCGCGAGGGCGCGUGGGGGUGGCUGGCGGACUCCUUCACCCACUACUUCCGCAUGGCGCUGGUGCACCUGGGGCUGCCGGGGUGGCAGGCCGCCUUCGCCAACCUGCCGCUCAUACCGUGGGCUGAGCAACUAUUCCUGCUACUGGCUCCUCACCUGCUGGACAAGACGGACUCGGAGCGGGCGUCCACUGCCAUCGUGGGCGAGAGCGCGCUCAACCACAUCGAUCCCAACAUCUUCAAGACGUCGGCGCGACAGCACAAGAACACCACGCGACAAGCCAACCAAUGAGGACGAUCGCUGAUGCAACUGGUAUAUGGUAACU